AUGGGGAGAUCGUCGCCUCCGUUCAUUUACGAUCGUCAAUCGACCUACAGUUUCCAUGGACCCACCGAUCACGGCUUCAACCCCAAGGCUGUGACGCAAGCGAGCCGGAUUCGCGCGCCGCAGAGGGAAAAACCCAAUGGCCCUUUGGUCAACUUCAAUCGACACCCAGAUACGUGGGGCAGCUUCGAGAGCAAGUCAACAUGGACUCCCAUGAGUCCAAACACUAAGAAACACGUCAAGUGGGCUCGUGGAACCCAGCUGGGGCUGCGUGCAGUCACUCUACUCGGUGCUCUGGCAUCGCUUUUCUUCUCCAUUGUCAUCAAGAAUGCUGCUACGACUAUCAUUUGGAUCAUGAGGGCGGGCCCUAUCGUUGCCACUCUGCAUACAAUCUACGGCAUCUAUCAUUUCUCGCGCUCCCCUAUCAACCGCCCUCCUGCUUCGCAAGCCAGUUACGGAAUCUUCGCCUCGACCCUUGACGCUGGGCUGAUCCCAUUCUACGUGUUUACUGCCUUUGUCGCCCGCCAAGAAUAUACCCAAGAUGCGUACCACUGGAGUACCCUUUUGGAUAACAACGUCGGCAUGAUCGUGCCAAUUACCCAGGCAACUUUCAUUUGCGCUCUCGUCAAUGGGGGAUUGCACCUCAUCUCGUUCGGUGUAUCGAUAUUCUUGGCUGUUAUGUUCCGAAGGAUCUCUCACUUGCCACCGGAUAUGAACCCACUGGAAGACAACCUCACUGCCCGUCCUCGCAGAACCCGCAAGGAUAUUGAUAUCGGCGAGAAGCACAUGAGCUCAUCCACCUUGAACUCCGAGGAUCCACUCAUUGGUUCUCCACGGACGGUGGCAUUCAUGCAUACGCGUGGUGACUCUGGUGACUCAGCUUACCAGUCUGGUGAUUUUAUGAGUGAUAAACGUCAAUCGCAUGUCUCUGUUCAGCCUCAUCGUCUCUCGCAAUUCGAGCCGUCGAGUCCCGAGAUGCUUUUCCAGCACCCUGCUAGUCAGCCGUAUGAUCUGACCGCCGAUGUGCCAGCUCCUGAGUAUGAUGUACCGGCGCCUGAGUAUCGGAAUGUUGCGAGGCACUCUGCUGAGGUUGUGAAUCCUGGUGCUCAGAUGCGCCACAUGACAUCCCGCGCUGCCGACCGGUCAAACAAUAUCAGUCCCCUCUCGGACAACUGGGUCGCCUACUCAGAGCGCACAGUGUCACCGAUGGAUGAAAACCAACAGCAGAACAACGAGAAUGACCUUCGACAGUCUUCCUCAGUCUACAGCAGACGUACUAACUCGACUGCUACAUCCAACGGUGGCUUCCGGGACUGGUUCGCAUAUGGUCAGAAACCUGCUAGCAUUGGAAGCGUGAUCCCUGAAGAUACCCGAGGCGAGUAUGCUGAACUGGCAAUCCAUGAAUACUACGGCAACGAAGAGGACAAGGAGCAAGACCUGGGUGAAACACGUUUCAACAUAUUCCCUGACCCCGAAGAGCACGACCAUGAUAAUCUAGACGAUGAGAACUCGAAGGAUCUGCCUUUCAACCCGCUCAUGCUGAACCCCCCCGACCCCCCCAACCCAUCCUUACUGAGAAGCCCGAGGAUACCGACCCUGUCCGACGCUAUGCUCUGA